CGCAGCCCGUGUUUAGCAGCGGUAAAAGUAGAACGGGCCAAAAAAUGGAUUUUUAUUUUUACUCCGUGAAGCGUGCCCCGCUCUGGUGUUUUGCUUUCAGACAAGAAGACAGGCUCCUUCCAUCCACGCAAACGGGGAGGAAAAGCUUCGUUUCGGGCCAGCUGGGAAGGUGCACCGCAGCGAGCUGCAAACACGCUGUUUGGCUUUGACAGCCGCCGCUUCCUAUGUGCUGUUUUUAGAUGAGGCUGGUGCUCUGGGACAUAAUGGAGGUGGGAACUCUCUUAACAGCCCAUUCGCUUCUCUUGAGCGCCUAGUAACAUCUCCAUAGACAGAUAGCAAGACACCUGCCAGUCUCUGAGCUGCAGGACUUCCUGCAAAGACGUCUUUCUUCCUGCUCCUUUGAACAAAGCGCUAAAGGAAGCAAGCGUCAUGUACACCUUCCUGCCUGAAAACUUCACCCCGGUGAAGCAGAAGCCCUCCAAGGAGCUGAAGCCCAUGCUCGGGGCCAUCGUGCUUGGCCUCAUCCUCUUCAUUGCUGCUGUGGUGGCCUGGUGCUACUACACGGUGUCCCGGCGGAAAGCGGAGCGUCUGAAGACGGAGCUGAUGGACCUGCGGCCGGACGGGUUUGUCAUCAAGAACCAGAACGGGGAGGUGGUUUUCCGACUGGCCUUCCGGUCGGGGAGCCUCGACCUGGAGUCGUGCUCCAAGGAGGGAGAGAUUUUGAGCUGCACGCGGUCAGACGGGGGGCCGCUGAACUUCUUCAGGAAGCCCAAGGACACGGUGAUGGGCGACCGCGUGCGCUGGGAGGAGUUUGCGGCCGGCGUGGCGGUGGAGCACACCAUGUUCUGGGAGGAUGCCCACUGGUACGGGGGCUCGGAGAUGAGCACCCAGCACUGGCCCAUCCGCCUCGCGGGCUACCAGGAGCCCGUGCCCUACGUGACGAGUGACGUCUACUCCUUCCGGGACAGCUUUGGGGGCAUCCUGGAGCGCUACUGGCUCUCGUCCAAAGCGGCGGCCAUCAAGAUCAACGACUCCGUGCCCUUCCACCUGGGCUUCAACGCCACGGAGCGCACCCUCUUCUUCCAGGCCCGCUACAAGGAUUCACCCUACAAGCCCCCGCCGGGGCAGCAGCCCUUCCCCGAGCUGAGCUACCGGGUGUGCGUGGGCUCGGACGUCACCUCCAUCCACAAGUACAUGGUGCGCCGGUACUUCAACAAGCCCUCCAAGAUCCCCUCCGAAAACGCCUUCCGCUACCCGAUCUGGUCCACCUGGGCCCUGUACAAAAACGAUAUCGACCAGGAUAAACUCCUGAGAUUUGCAGAAAAGAUUAAGAAGUACCGUUUUAACUGCAGUCACAUUGAAAUCGACGACACGUACACGCAAGCGUACGGGGACUUUGACUUUGACCCCAUCAAGUUCCCCAAUGUGACGGAGAUGUUCACAAAACUGAGGGAGGAUGGGUUUAAGGUGACCCUGUGGACUCAUCCUUUCAUACACAGAGAUUCCUCCAAUUUUGGGGUGGGGAUUGAGCGGCAGCUGUUCAUCAAGGAGCCCUCGGGGCGGCUGCCGGCCAUGGUGGAGUGGUGGAACGGCAUUGGGGCCAUCCUGGACUUCACCAACCCAGCGGCUCGGGACUGGUUCCAGAGCCACCUGCGACAGCUCCGCCACAAGUACGGCAUCUCCUCCUUCAAGUUUGAUGCCGAUUCGCUGGUGGCUCCGCUGCUGCUGGAGCUGGCCGGGGAGGUCACGGACACGGGCGACCCCAUCAUCCGGCCCAUCUGGUGGAUCUCCCCGCGCGACGAGGCCGCUCACAAAAUUGACUCCCAGUUCCUCAUUGGGGACACCCUCAUGGUGGCCCCCGUGCUGGAGAUGGGCAAGCAGGAGCGCGACGUCUACCUGCCGGCAGGCAAAUGGCGCAGCUACAAGGGGGAGCUGUUUGAGAAGACCCCGGUGCUGCUCACAGACUAUCCUGUUGACCUGGACGAAGUUGCCUAUUUCCUCUGGGUUUCAUAAUAGACUCCUCCACCAGAUUUAAGCUUGGGGAUAACCAUGCCUUACAAUAGGAGUUUAUGACAAAUAACUAUUCUAAUUGCAUAUUUUAUUUCGGACUGGCAUUGAGGAGGGGAAUUAAAUGGACUUCACUGUCUUUGAAGUUCUUUUGUUGCUUGGAGCAGGGUGGUUUUUUUUAAUUUGGAACAGGUAGGAGACUCGAGAUUGGUUAUUAUAGCCAGAAUUUUCUGUGUGUAUGUGAAGAAAGAACGGCGAUGCUGUCUGCAAAGAAAUAGUUGAACCUAAUACCUUUUCAGUUCCCAAGGGUUUUGAGAGGUGAAGGUUGGUUACUGCCCAAUGAGAAUGUUUUUUCCCCUGUGGGAGUGCCCAGCGCUGGGCAAGGGGACAUGUGACUUGGGAGGGUUGCUAAAGCACAACCUGCCUUAAGUUUUAUAAUAUGGCAAACACAUUUAAAAGGACUUUUUUAAGUGGAGAAAAUUAUCUAGAGAUAUAUACGUAGAUACAUGUGCAGAUAUAUAGAUUAUAUAUAUAUUUUUUUCCUUUAGUCUAGCCUGGGACUGGACUAACACUUGCCCUAUACUCCUGCUUUCUCGAGUACCAGGCGGGCCAGGUUACUCGAUCAAUGUGCAGGUAUUUUGACCGUACACACUGCAUAUUGCUUCCUGGGGCACCUGCAUCCCACCUAAUGCCCACCUAAUGCCUGCUGUAGGGCUCUUGCUUUUGUGGUUUGCCUUCAGAGUCAACAUUACCUUUCCUAGAGCAGAACCAUUCAUAUCAGUUUGUCCAAUUAGUCUUUUUAAAGCAUUUAGCAUCCUGCUUUAAGACAAUUAUCCUGGAGAUAUCUUCCUUCUGUUUUUAAGGAAAGAUGGGCUUUCAGAAGGAAAGAUGGGCUUUCAGGUUUGUUCGUGGCAGAAGAACUGCCUGAAGCAAGGCAAUUCUCAAAAGGUAUGUGUGACUUUUCCCUGGGAACAGCAGGUUCUCACAAGUCACACGUGUCUUGGAUUUAUGAGCCCUGAUGGUAACAUUUGCUGCUAGCCAGCUUGCUGGUGGGUGGAAAAUACUGGCUUUUGCACUGAUGGUUUUGUGCCAGUGGGUGUUCAUACUGCAUCCGAGGAAAUGUUCUCAUGUACCCUAAAAAUUAAGCUAAUAUCUAUCUCCGUCUCAGGUUGGAGUUAGAGAGACCAUGAUUUUGUUUAGCGUUUUUCUGAAGCAGCUCUUUUCUCUCUCAGAGAUUUAGGGGCCUUCCUCAGACAGCAUUUGCAGACAUGGAGCUGAGGCUGGUGUAAGAGCCUUCUCAGGGGGACACGGAGCGACAUGUGCUUCCACCCAAAUCCCCCACCGCCAGAACUGGUGAGAUCCUGGUUCAGGUCCCUCUUCUGGCCUAGGAGGGAUUUACCCCUGCAUUUCUUUCCCAUCCCUCUCUGGAUGAAGUAAUGCAAGGCUGCAGGCGUCUUUCUCUCUCAGAGUCUUUCCCAUUAAAGCCAUUCAGUUUUGUACGGGAAGUUACAUUUACAAAGAGACAUUGGCAGUCUCUGCUCCAAGAAACAGCUAAUAGUAUCCGAGUCUGGCAGCCCUCCUCCCCAGGGCAGGACUUUCCCUGCUGUGCCCAGGAUAGGAGUGGGUCUCGACACAUGAAUUUUUAAUGAAUCUGUGCAGAACUUAACUGCUCUCACUGGGAGGAUUCGGAGUGCCCUGCCCAUUCUGCGGCCAGCCGAGGAGAGCUCAGCAUACACAGGGCUUUGCAGGUGAUUGCAUUUGAGCUGAGCAUGGGUCUGGCAUGAGUGUGCUACAUGCCACUCAAUACCAGUGAUGGUCUUUCUCAAAGCCCACCUCCUGCACUGGGCUUUGCAGGAGGCAGAAGAGGUGAUAUGCCAAAUCUGUAGAUCGUGGUGGCAUCCAGGAGCAGAAAUGCAGGUGCCUGAGCAAAAAAUCUAAAGAGCUUGUAUGAUUAGGGAGGAACUGAGGAAGGUUUUGGAGAUGCACAAUUUGAGGGACUGUUUGGAGCAUCUUCUGAGGUCUGAAUGGACCUGCCCUGCAUAACUUGGUGUUUUGGCCUCAAAACCAGAUGUAGGAGAGCCCUAUGGUUCCCUGUCCGCCAGGAGCACAAACAUGUCCUAGGCUCAGCUCCAAAGCCUGCUUCUUCUGGUUUUAGCUACGAAGGUCUCGGAUUUGCUCCCUGGCAUCAGUCCAAAUAGUGAUCCUUGUACCACUUAGAGACAUGCUCUGGCAGGGAGUUGACUCUGGACCCCUGACAUAGAUGAUCAUGGUUUUUUCUGAGAAAAAACUUCUUCACUGUGAGGGUGACAGAGCAUUGGAACAGGUUGCCCAGAGAGGUGGUGGAG